GUGCUAGCACUGACGUGUCUCUCCGCCGAGCUUGCUGCGCCCCGGAGCAGGCUGGGACGCGGACAGCGUUACCUCACUUGGAGCGGAGCGGAGUCGAAGCGGCGUCGAAGCGGCACCCUGAGACAGAGCAGCCGCCGCCAUGGCGAUCAAAUUUCUGGAAGUCAUCAAACCCUUCUGUGUCAUCCUGCCGGAAAUUCAGAAGCCGGAGAGAAAGGUGGGAAGGGGAAGCAUUCUCAAGAGGAAGAAGUUCUGUGAAUUCACUCAACUUCACGUGGAGCAUCUAUACGUGGAAUUCGCAGUCUUUGGUCGUGUUACUGUGGCCUAAAGUGGUAGACAGAGGACUACAACUUCUAUUCCGACCAAAAAGCCAGGACUCUGGCUCAGUUCUUCCUUAGACACCUGUUCCCCUCAAAUAAAAAGAUUCAGUUUAAGGAGAAAGUGCUGUGGACUGCUAUCACCCUCUUUAUUUUCUUGGUAUGCUGCCAGAUCCCCCUGUUUGGUAUUAUGUCUUCAGAUUCUGCCGAUCCUUUCUAUUGGAUAAGAGUGAUUCUAGCCUCUAACAGAGGCACAUUAAUGGAACUCGGUAUUUCUCCCAUUGUCACCUCCGGCCUCAUCAUGCAGCUCUUGGCUGGCGCCAAAAUAAUUGAAGUUGGUGAUACCCCAAAAGACCGAGCCCUUUUCAAUGGAGCCCAAAAGUUAUUUGGAAUGAUCAUUACCAUUGGCCAGUCUAUUGUGUAUGUGAUGACGGGAAUGUAUGGGGACCCUUCUGAAAUGGGUGCUGGAAUCUGCCUGUUAAUCACCAUUCAGCUCUUUGUUGCUGGCUUAAUUGUCCUACUUUUGGAUGAACUUCUGCAAAAAGGGUAUGGCCUGGGCUCUGGUAUCUCCCUCUUCAUUGCCACUAAUAUCUGUGAGACCAUCGUAUGGAAGGCAUUCAGCCCCACCACUGUCAACACUGGCCGAGGUAUGGAAUUUGAAGGUGCCAUUAUUGCACUGUUUCAUCUGUUGGCCACACGCACUGACAAAGUCCGAGCCCUUCGAGAGGCCUUCUACCGCCAGAACCUCCCCAACCUCAUGAAUCUGAUUGCCACCAUCUUUGUCUUUGCAGUGGUCAUUUAUUUCCAGGGCUUCCGAGUGGACCUGCCCAUCAAGUCGGCCCGUUACCGAGGCCAAUAUAACACCUACCCUAUCAAGCUCUUCUACACCUCCAACAUCCCCAUCAUCCUGCAGUCUGCCCUGGUGUCCAACCUGUAUGUCAUCUCUCAGAUGUUGUCAGCCCGCUUCAGUGGCAACCUGCUGGUCAGUCUGCUGGGCACCUGGUCUGAUACGUCUUCCGGGGGUCCAGCACGUGCUUAUCCAGUUGGUGGCCUUUGCUAUUACCUGUCCCCUCCAGAAUCAUUUGGCUCCGUGUUAGAAGACCCUGUCCAUGCUGUUGUGUAUAUAGUGUUUAUGCUGGGCUCAUGCGCAUUCUUCUCCAAAACGUGGAUUGAGGUCUCAGGCUCCUCUGCCAAAGAUGUUGCAAAGCAGUUGAAGGAGCAGCAGAUGGUAAUGAGGGGCCACCGAGAGACUUCCAUGGUCCAUGAACUCAAUCGGUACAUCCCCACUGCCGCUGCCUUCGGGGGACUGUGCAUCGGGGCCCUCUCCGUUCUGGCUGACUUCCUGGGUGCCAUUGGUUCUGGAACCGGGAUCCUGCUCGCGGUCACAAUUAUCUACCAGUACUUUGAAAUCUUUGUAAAGGAGCAGAGUGAGGUUGGCAGUAUGGGGGCCCUUCUGUUCUGAGCCAUGUCUCUCUUGGACCAGGAAGAGGAGGCGUGCUCUGGAAUUGCUGAGGAAGGGGAAACAACAAAUCCAUCAUGGGGUGCUGCUGUGGCAUAUGGACUUUUGUUUAAUCUUUU